CCGAAUUUUCUUUCAUUUAGGUGAUCUAUAUAUAUCUAUAUCGUAUAGCCUAUAGCUUAUAUCUAUUUUAAAUAACUUAAAGCCGCUAAAAUUUGGGGGGGAACAGCCUUCGCCCUGGAGCGGUGCGCGAUGCUGUCUCACGCCGACCUCCUGGACGCCAGGCUAGGUAUGAAAGAUGCGGCGGAGCUGCUGGGCCACCGGGAGGCGGUGAAGUGUAGGCUGGGCGUGGGCGGCUCCGACCCCGGGGGCCAUCCGGGGGACCUGGCGCCCAACUCCGACCCCGUGGAGGGAACCACUCUGCUACCCGGGGAGGACAUCACCACCGUGGGCUCCACUCCGGCCUCGCUGGCGGUGAGCGCCAAAGACCCGGACAAGCAGCCCGGGCCCCAGGGCGGCCCGAACCCCAGCCAAGCCGGCCAGCAGCAGGGCCAGCAGAAGCAGAAGCGCCACCGGACGCGCUUCACCCCCGCGCAGCUCAACGAGCUCGAGAGGAGCUUCGCCAAGACGCACUACCCGGACAUCUUCAUGCGCGAGGAGCUGGCGCUGCGUAUCGGGCUGACCGAGUCCCGGGUGCAGUAUAGCAGCGGCCCGAAGACAGUCCUCCAAAGCGAGGCUCGGCGUCGUGGAGCUGCCGGGCUCACCUCCUUCCUCCGGAGAAGGCGCCUCCGCAGCUCCCAGGCGACCGGGCCCAGCGCGCAGCUCAGCCAGAGCUUGUGCCAUUGA